AUGGCAAAGCGCAUACCUAUGAUCAAGUUCCCAAUCCGGUCUCGAGCUCCAACACCAGCAGCUGCACAAACGUCCCAAAAACAUACCCCUUCGCUUCAACAAUUCACAUCGGCACCAGCACAAGCACCAGCAGGAGCAUCCUCAAAACCGCAAACACCAGCCUCGUCACACCAAUCUCCCGCUCCCACGGCCAGCACUUCUUCAUCCUCUUCACAAGCAGCUCCAGUGAUAGAAUCCUUAGCAGUUCCCAGCUUUGGUGAGAAAGGCGUAUCGAAGACUAAUCCUAAGAAGCCGGGGCCUCUAGCAGCAAGUUUGCAACCCCGACGGAGGCCAAUGACAGAUGAAGAGAUUGAUCUGGUAAUGAGUGGUGGUGCAGUCUUCCUUUGA